AUGCUCCACACAUAUCUCAGGCUCCUGUGCUGAUGCUCCGUCCUAGAGCCUGGAACAUGGUGGAGCACAACAUGAUGGUGGGGGGGAAGGAGGCUCCUGGUCCUCUCUUUGACUUUGGACUCCUCAUGUUUCACUGUGGAGAGAAACUCUUCAGAAACGGGAGUGGACCCUUUUUCUACCUCUCAAAACUUCUCCUCUUGUCUCUCAGUUUCUGGUUCUUCAAGUUCCUGAUCCUGGUGGGAAUCACCGUGGGAGCGUUCUUCAUCCCCGACGGCAUCUUUAACACAGUGUGGUAUUACUUCGGCAUGGUGGGCUCGUUCUUCUUCAUCGUGGUGCAGCUCAUCCUCCUCGUGGACUUUGCUCACUCCUGGAACCAGUCCUGGCUUCUGAAGGCCGAAGAAGGGAACUCCAAGUUCUGGUACGCAGCUCUGCUCACGUUCACCGCCAUCUUCUACGCCCUGGCGUUCAGCGCCGUCGUGGUUUUCUACGUUUAUUACACCAAACCCGACGACUGCACGGAGCACAAAGUCUUCAUCAGCCUCAACUUCAUCUUCUGCAUCAUCGUGUCCGUCGUGUCCAUCUUGCCCAAAGUCCAGGACGCUCAGCCCAGCUCCGGCCUGCUGCAGGCCUCCUUCAUCUCGCUCUACACCAUGUACAUCACCUGGUCGGCCAUGAGCAACAACCCCAGUACGUCCCCACAGCCUGUUAGAGAGCGGGGCCGUGAGGAGCUAUUUCUACUCCUCCUCCCUGAUUGGUUCCCCAGGCCCGACGCGGCCUACGAGACGAUGAAGAGCACCAUGCCCUCGGUGUGGGUGAAGAUCGGCUCCAGCUGGUUCGGCCUGGCCAUCUUCCUCUGGACGCUCAUCGCCCCGGUGAUCCUGUCCGACCGAGACUUCAGCUGAAACCACGGUGACACGCAGCAGCAGCAGCUAGCACGUUAGCAUGUGCAGGCUAUAUGCAACGCUUGAACAAACACAGCUUUCGCUUCCAAAUGAUUGUAUUUACUUGCGUUAGGGCUGCACAAUUUGGUGAAAAAUAACGAUUAUUUUGGCUGGUAUCACAAUCAGGAUAUUGGAUGGAUUAAGUUUGUAGAUAACAAUGUAUAGGCCGGGAUAUCUCUGCAGCUGCACACACUUUAUUUAAUAUUACAUUUAAACACAUUGUCAGCCUUUAUCCAACAUGUUGAUUCAUUGUGGAGCCCUAACUUGUACCUCCACAGUUAAAAUGGGAGGUUAUAUGCUUAGUUUUUUUUUACCAGAAGCCAUUAAUAGCAAAUGAGCUGUCAGGUCACACUGUUACGAUGAUUACAUCCGAGCACUACCUGCCUUUCUACUGGAUCAAAUUAACCUUUUAAUGAUCCCUUUUUAAAGAGUUUAUCUCAAGUUAUGGUUGUUUCUACUUUUUUACCAUUCUCUUUAAAUCAGUUUUAUUUCAUGCAAAGGUGUCGUCUAAGAUUAUUCAAGUUAUGCCUUUUUUUUAAUGACACAGCUUGUCCACAUUUGAAAUGUUAGUGCGUUAUUAUAUUUUGCACACAAGCUUUUCAGAAGGAGCAUUUUUAAAGUCUUUGGUGUAAAGUGACUUCUUCGAUAAAAAUGUACGUUUAAUUAUAAUCAAUAAAGUUCUGUUUAAUGUGA